GACUAGCAGCACCGGAGCUGGUCCGGCUGGAGCGGGGCGCGCGCAGCAUGGCGGAAGCGGAAGGGAGUUCUCCGCUCCUGUUGCCGCCGCUGCCGCCCCCUCCCGGAAUGGCGGAAGUGGAGGUGCCGACGGCGGCCGAGACGGACAUGAAGCAUUACCACGGCUCUGGCUCCGUCAUCAUGGACGUGGAGCGGAGCCGCUUCCCUUACUGCGUGGUGUGGACGCCCAUCCCGGUGCUUACCCACCAGCACAACUGCGGUGUGUGGAGCACUGGUCAAAGCCAGACCUCCUCCCAGUCAAGGAGUCGGGGGCCGGAGCAGAUCCUGAGGUUAGGGUCUAAGAAGCCAGGUGGUUUUUCCCCAUCAUCGGCCACAUGGGCAUCUGCACAUCCACAGGAGUCAUUCGGGACUUCGCUGGCCCCUAUUUUGUCUCGGAAGACAACAUGGCCUUUGGAAAACCUGCCAAGUUACCAUGACAAAAUGCCAUCGAGUGGGUGGUUCAUAAGCAACAGAAAUUGCUUUCUCAUGCUCUGGAGGCUAGGAAGGCCAAGCACAAGGUACUGGAAGCUGGACCCUGCACAGGUCUACGCCAGUGGGCCCAACGCAUGGGACACAGCCGUGCACGAUGCCUCUGAGGAGUACAAGCACCGCAUGCACAACCUCUGCUGUGACAACUGCCACUCGCAUGUGGCACUGGCCCUGAACCUGAUGCGCUACAACAACAGCACCAACUGGAAUAUGGUGACCCUCUGCUUCUUCUGCCUGCUCUAUGGGAAGUACGUCAGCGUCGGGGCCUUUGUGAAGACCUGGCUGCCCUUCGUCCUCCUCCUGGGCAUCAUCCUGACCGUCAGCCUGGUCUUCAACCUGCGGUGAUGGCUGCCAGGCGGCCCCAAGCCCACCAGGCUCCUGAGGAGGCAGCCGCCACCCUUUUGGCCCCAGAUUCUUCCUCUUCACCCCUAAGGCAGGCUGGGCCUGCGGCGGAGGACCUGCGUUCUGGGCUGGGGACAAAGUGCGGAGGACGAGCAUGGAGAGGGUUGUCUGCUUGUUGUGUCUCGCUGGCUUUUCAGGAGCUCCCUGUGCCCUCCCCCUGGGCCUGUGACCCCACCUUUGAGGCACGCUCCUUGUCCGCUGUUAGGACGGACUCACCUCCCGCUGUAGAGCUCUUCCUGCCACUGCCAGUGCCCAGUGCACACAAGGACCCGCCGGCGAGGCCGCAGCGGACGAGACGGGAGCGGGAGCCUGCCCUCCAGCUGCCGCCGGUCUCCGGGCGGGUGGGGCACUGAGGCGUCUCCGUGGCCAGAGCGGCCUGGCGCCUGCCCGACGCACUCCCGAGUGAUCGGAGGGGCUGAGGGCCCCGCCGCACCCGCUUCCCUCCGGGGCUGCCAGUGCCUGGCUGCUCUCCCUCUGCAGUUUGGGGAGCUGAUGUGCAGAGCAGGCGGUACAGAUCCCACCUGGCCCCAGCUGGGCUGCGGGCUGCAUGCUGGAUGGCACCUUGAGUCCCAAGCGCGGGUGGCCGCUCAGAGCAGCCAGUGCCAGCAGGGAGCUGUGGAGAGGCCAUUCCUCUCCCCCGACUACCACUCCCCAUAAGUCUCAGAAGGGCCCUGUGCGGCCGCCUCACCCCUACCCCGUGGGCUCCUUUGUGAGGGGCUCCCUGGCGGGACAAUAAAGAGUUCUGAGUUCAGA